AAAAAAACUGGUUGUUUUAAUUUCUUCCUUUUUUCAGGUCUCCAGUUAGAUUAGUGGUAGAAAGAAUAAAUGUUAUUUCUGAAACGGUGUAUCCUGUUAUUUUUACAGUACCAAGGCUAUAAUAUCUGGGUCUACAUUAUUAUGUCAAAAAUGUUAAAAUCCAUCACUUCUGGAUUUAUAAGGUUGGCAGCUAGACGGCGUAUGAGUUUGCAGUCAAAAUAUAUGCAGGAAGAAUUUUGCAUACUUGUUGAUGAGACAGAUUGUGUUUUAGGCUUUGCCAACAAACAAAACUGUCACCAAGUAAUUGGCGAUAAAUGCUUACUUCAUCGAGCUUUUAGCUUGUUUCUUUUCCGUCGGGGUACGACUAAUGGAAAUCCGAACGGCAGUCUUGAGUUACUUAUCCAAAGACGUUCCAGCAAUAAGCCUACAUUCCCGUCCUUAUGGUCCAACACGUGCUGCAGUCAUCCAAUCAGAAACUUUCCUGAUGAAAUGGUUGAAUCAGAUGCAAUCGGAGUCAAAAAAGCUGCCCAAAGGAAAGCUCUACAUGAAUUAGGCAUAAAAACGGAUUUUUUGCCACUAAGUCGAAUAAACUUCCUGGGUCGAAUACUGUAUGCAGCAACGAACGAACCAACUUCCCAGAAUAAAUUUGCUGAACAUGAAGUGGAUUACAUUCUCGUUAGCGUGCUUGAUCCGGUGGCGACACAAAAUACUUCAGAUACAAAUUUACUGGAAAUUAAUCCUGAUGAAGUAAGCGAUGUGCGUUGGGUGUCUUUGGAUGAAUUUGAAAGUAUGGAACAUUUCUCACCAAAUUAUACGAACUUAUCGUCAACUGCAGACGCUUACUUGUGUAAAUCGAAUAUCACACCCUGGUUACGUGGUCUAAUUACAAGUGGACUUCUGCGAAAACUAUGGAGUUGGGCAGAAGCAUCAUGCAGUGAUCAAUCACAAAGGCGUUUCCUAAUCGAAGAUAAUUUUUGGGAUCGAAAUAAGAUAAUACAUUUAUCUGCUAAGGAUGUACAGUAAUGCAUAUCAUCCAAAUCUUCUUUUAAUAUAACUUUUCACGAAUUUGUAUUUUUUGUUUCUCAGCAUGUGUGUUGUUCGCUUGUUCCUUUUAUUUGGCAGUUUAUGUUUGACUUGAAAUAUCAUCAGUGUUUAUAUCCCUUACAUAUACCUCAUCUAGAUGAACCUUUUUCAGUCACCUUUCUAUCACUAAAAUAUGAUUGUGCUUACACCUCUCUCUGCACUGCAGAUGAAUAUUCAAGUUAUUUGAUUGAGAAAAUAUUUGUUAGAAUCAAUCACCCAAAAGUUAAGCGUUUUGGUAUACUCUUAUCAUGAUAUUUGUCCAAACAAAUUUGUUUGCAUAUAAUGUAAAUUUUCCGUUGAAAUAGAUUCAAGGAAUCGCUUUUACAUUGAAUAGAUUUCAUGAAAAAGCGCACAGUAAUACAGUAUUAUUUCCUGAUAAAGUCGUUUCGAGCACAGUUUAUUACUCAUAAUCAUAUGAAGGCCUUUGUGUUCAAAUUCUAUUCUCAAAUGUGAGAAUAACCUUGACAUUUCAUUUCAUAUAUAUUUAUAUUUAUCUAUAUUUACUAUCUAUAGUAGUUAUUGGAAUUGAAAUAUAUAAUUAUUGUAAUAUGGUUUGAUGAAGAGGUUCAGGAGAUUCAUAGAUAUGUCUCCUUAUGUAGAAUAUUACUGAUGAUACUAGAAAUAUCAUUCAUACUAACAGUUUAUGGGGAAGGAAGUCUAUUAAUUGUUUAUUUUAUUUUUGAUUAUAGCUUGAUUCCACACCGUAUUUUGG